AUGUCCCAGCAUCAUCAUCUCUCAGACCAGAUGGUCUACGAUAUCCUGAGUCGGCUGCCAGUGAAAUCCAUAAUCCGAUUUAGUGACAACACUUUGACCGAAGUUUCUAGGAUUGAAAUUCCUUGUUUGUAUGAAGCCAUAGUUGGAUUCUGUAACGGCCUGUUUAUUCUUGCUAGUCCUAGUCCUAUGGAACAUUCUUUUCAGCAUAUAUAUUUGUGGAACCCAAUUAUAAGAAAAUUUAUGAGAGUGGCUAGUAUUCUGGGCCAACCUUCUACUAGUAGUGUUACCCUUGGAUUUGCAUAUCAUCCUCGAAAGAAUGACUUUAAGAUUCUGAGACUUGUGUGUUUUAAAAAUAAAGGGAAAUUGCUGCCAGCAAAGGCCGAGGCCGAGGUUUACACAUUGAGUACAGCUUCAUGGAGAAAGUUUUCAAUAUCAGUGGACUCAUUAAGUGGAUUAAAUAUUUAUCGUAUAUCUGAAUCACCCUCUUUGUUUUUUAAUGGAGCUCUGCAUUCUAUAGCAUUUUCUCGUGACUAUAAAUUCAUUUUGUCCUUUGAUGUCGAUGAUGAGAGGUUCCGUGAGAUAAGGCUGCCUCAAAACUAUUUAGUGGGAGUUUCAUUACGUAAGGAAUGGCUCACAAUUUUGAAGGGAUCUCUAGCUUUGAUUGUUAUCGGUGAUGCUCAAAUUGAUUGGAGUGGUGUAUGCCACAUAUGGGUAAUGACGGAGUAUGGUGUGGCCAAAUCUUGGAUUAAAAAAAGUGUACCAAUGGAUAAACAUGCAAAGUUUCUUAGUUGCACUAUCAAUGGUGAACUUCUAAUUAGAAGGUAUGAUAUGAAGGUGCGAAUAGUCUUAUUUGACCCUGAGAGUUUGAAAGAGGAAGUUCUUAGAAUUCCAGAUCCUAGAGAUGUGAUUUACACAACAAAUUUUGUGGAGAGCUUAGUUUUACUUGAUGGGCUAAGCAAUGAAUCCUACAGUUUGGGGUAA